GGUCUGAACCCGGAAACGGUUUUUUUUAACUGUGGCCGUGUGUGUUUGUUUAGCAAUUGGCUGCGCGUUUCGCAACGUUUCGUCUCGAAAUAUUAUUAUUUAACUAUUUAGUCGGUAUGCUACAGUUGACAAACGUGUUAAAUUGACAGCAGGCAUGCCAAGCAACGAAUGUAAACGUUAACCGAUUAUACAACCGAAGACAUCUGUUUCCAUCCAGAAACUAAAAUGGCUUUUAGGAGAGAUCGAAAUCUUAGAGAUAUUUACGAGGAGCGGUUUCCAGCAGGACGAGUAGGUCCAUUUUCAAGAGAAGGUCAAGGGGACAGGAGACCUCCAUUCGGGCGGCCAGAUGAGGACUACGGUCGUGGUUUUGAAUACGAUGGCAAUCGGUUUUACCCAAACGGCGCUCCUCGCAACUACCAUGGAGAGGAUCAGAGAGGUUAUCACGGAGACAGCCAUCACUCGUUUCCUAAUGAGCACAGGGGCGGACCACCCGGGCGAAGGCAGGAAGACUUCCCAUACUACAGAGGGCAGAGAGAUGAGCAGCAUGGUGGACGCCAAAUGGACUUCAGAGCAAGCAAUCGCGCAGGCCCUGCCCCGAAUACUCGAGUUCUGGGCGCUCACCCUCCUCCACCCAGGUCUCUGCCUACAAUAGCCCCUGAUGCAGGAGAUGACACCCUCAUGCAGGCCAUAAUGAACCUGGACCGGGGGGAGGAGCGGGACAACUUGAGAAGAAAGGCGCCCUUCCCUCCAGUACGUGAGCGCUCUCCAGCUCGGCGGGACGUCCCGUCCCCUCACAGUCGGUCAGGGUCCAGCAUAAGCAGCCGCAGCUACUCACCAGAGCGGAGCAAAGUGCAUCCUUUCCCGCCUCAGCAGGGGAAAAGAUUUGAGGAGCCAUUUGGGCCAGGCAGGGCACCGGACAGGGAAAGGCCCCCGGGCCCCUCCGUGAGUGCAUCACGAGACGGUUCGCCCCAUAGCUCCGUAUCAGCCACUAAGGAGGAUGUAACAGCGGUGGAAGGGCCCGCAGAUGAAGCUCCACCCACCGUAGAUGAAGCUUCCUCCAUCAUGGACGACUUUCAAGAGCGACGAGCUCAAGCUAUUGCUGCCAAGGCUCGGGAAAUUGAAAAGGUCUAUCGUCAGGACUGUGAGACGUUUGGCAUGGUGGUGAAGAUGCUGGUGGCCAAGGAACCCAGCCUAGAAAAGCACCUGCAGAACCCUAAAGAGAACCUGAUUGAGAUCCGUGAGCGAUGCCUUGAUGACUUGAAAAACUUCAUUUCUGAACUCGAUGAAGUGGUACGACAGCCUGAACCUGCUGUCUAAGGUGACCCCAUUUGUACUCAACCAGCAGUUUUGUUUUUUUUCUUCCCUUCUUUACCUACACGAGUCUUUUUUUUUUUUUUUUUUAAAGGCCACUUAAAAGAAAUCUUCCUGGUCUGCAACGGAUCAAGGAAAGUCUCUUUAUGUAUUUCAUUUAUGCAGUUCCGUUUAUUCACUGACACUAGUCGAUACUAGGUUGUAUAAACUUUUUGUAACCUUUCGACGUGAAGAUAAAAAAAAAAAAACGUUGUUGACAAACACAAGGAAAGCAGUGCCAGAAGAGGGUUUGCUCUAUUCCUUAUCAACCACAGAAGCUAUAGAGAUUAACUCACUAAGGAGAUGUACUAGAUGAUGGUGUUUGAAAUUGUCCUAUUGUCAUUGCCAAUAAAUUCACUUAAAUACAAACCAAUGGGAAGAGUUGAAGAAUAAAUUAUGGUAAGUAAUCUUUAUGGGUUCAGCAAAUUGCUGCUAUCUGUAGUACUAUUAAGUUGUGCAGCUGACAAUAAUGCAUUUAUCAUUUGUGUUUUUGUUUGUUUUUGUAUCAAUUGCAUUUUCCAACCUCCAUGUUGUAAAAACCAAACACAAGUAUUUGUGUAGUUUUUCCUUAUUGUAGUAUUAAAGAGUCUUGAACAUA